GGGGCCAUGAAUAAGUCAGGGAUAUCUACUGUGACACAGUUUGUCUUGUUGGGUUUUCCUGGUCCCUGGAAAAUACAGAUCAUCCUUUUCUCAAUGGUUUUGUUGGUCUACAUCUUGACUCUGACUGGGAAUAUGGCCAUCAUUUGUGCAGUGAGGUGGGACCAUCGACUCCAUACACCUAUGUAUGUGCUCCUGGCCAACUUCUCCUUUCUAGAGAUCUGGUAUGUGACCUGCACAGUCCCCAACAUGCUGGUCAAUUUUCUUUCCAAAACUAAGACCAUAUCAUUCUCUGGCUGCUUCACUCAAUUCUACUUCUUCUUUUCCCUGGGCACAACUGAGUGCUUCUUCCUCUGUGUCAUGGCCUAUGAUCGGUACCUGGCCAUCUGCCGUCCACUGCACUAUCCCUCCAUUAUGACCAGGAAGCUCUGUGUCAUUCUGGUGUGUCUUUGUUGGCUCAUUGGUUUCCUUGGACAUGCAAUUACUAUUUUCUUCAUUUCUCAACUACCCUUUUGUGGUCCCAACAUUAUUGAUCACUUCCUGUGUGAUGUGGACCCACUGAUGGCAUUGUCCUGUGCCCCCACACCAAUCAUAGAGUAUGUAUUCCACUUUGUGAGCUCUCUUAUCAUCAUUCUCACCAUUUUGUACAUUAUUGGGUCCUAUGCCUUAGUGCUCAGAGCUGUGCUUCAGGUUCCUUCUUCAGCUGGGCGGCAAAAGGCCUUCUCUACCUGUGGAUCCCACUUAGCUAGCUUAAGUUCUCUUCUCACAACACACAUUCACCUUGUGACUGAGUUUAUUCUCCUAGGGUUCCCUGGUUGCUGGGAGAUACAGAUCCUCUUCUCACUCUUUUUGGUGGCUUAUGUCUUGACGCUGCUGGGGAAUGGAACCAUUAUCUGCGCAAUAAGAUGGGACCCACGACUGCAUACCCCAAUGUACUUUCUGCUGGGAAAUUUUGCCUUCCUUGAGAUCUGGUAUGCUUCAUCCACAGUUCCUAACAUGUUAGCCAACAUUCUCUCCAAAACCAAGACCAUUUCAUUUUCUGCCUGCUUCCUCCAGUUCUACUUCUUCUUUUCCCUGGGCACAACUGAAUGUCUCUUCCUGACAGUAAUGGCUUAUGAUCGGUACCUGGCCAUCUGCCACCCACUGCACUACCCCACCAUCAUGACUGGGAAACUCUGUAGAAUUCUGGUGUCUCUCUGCUGGCUUACUGGAUUCCUUGGCUACCCAAUCCCCAUUUUCUUCAUCUCCCAACUCCCCUUCUGUGGAUCCAAUAUCAUUGAUCAUUUCCUGUGUGAUAUGGAUCCACUGAUGUCUCUGUCUUGUGCUCCAGCCCCCAUUACUGAAUUUGUUUUCUAUACUCAGAGCUCCCUUGUUCUCUUUUUUACUAUUAUGUACAUUCUUCGAUCCUAUACCUUGUUGCUCAGAGCUGUUUUUCAGGUCCCUUCUGCAGCUGGACGGAGAAAGGCUUUUGCCACCUGUGGUUCUCAUUUAGUUGUGGUGUCUCUUUUUUAUGGGACAGUCAUGGUAAUGUAUGUGAGUCCUACAUAUGGCCUCCCAACUUUGAUGCAGAAGAUCCUGACAGUGGCAUAUUCAAUAAUGACUCCUCUCUUUAAUCCCCUGAUUUAUAGUCUUCGUAAUAAGGACAUGAAAGUUGCCCUGAGAAACAUCCUGUUUAGAAUGAGAAUUAGUCAAAAUUCUUAA